UGAUGACAAUUAUGAUCUUUAAUUUGAUUGUCUCUUAAUUGUUACACGUCUUCGAAUUAAUAUCAAUCUAAUUAAUCUGUUAUUCUUUUAAUGAUUAUUUUUCCUUUUCUUUCUUUGAUUGUUACUCUUUUUGUUUAUUGCUCUUUAAUAGUUUGAAUCAAUAUUCAACAUCUGAUUAGUUAUGAUUGAUGACGACGAUGAUUAAUUAAUUAGAUGAUUAAUUCUAUCACUGAUUUUGACUUUUGAUUAUAGAUUUUGGAUUUAAAAUUUAACUAUUGGUUUCUAUUGAUUGCCUGCUAUUAGUUACCUAUUUGAUUACAAUAUGAUUAAAGCAGUUAUUUUAAUUGGUGGUCCUCUAAAAGGAACUCGAUUCCGUCCGUUAAGCUUUGAUACACCUAAACAUUUAUUCCCUGUUGGGGGAAGACCAAUGGUUCAACACUUGAUCGAAGCCUGUGCCAAAGUUGAUGGAUUAAAGGAAAUCUUUCUCAUGGGAUAUUACCAAUUAGACGCUUCAUUGACCACUUUUAUCCGUAACAUGAGCGGCGAGUACAAUUUAGAUAUACGAUAUCUUCAAGAAUUUACCACACUUGGAACCUGUGGUGGUAUUUAUCAUUUUCGAGACAUAAUUUGUCGCCAUAAUCUUGAAGCAUUUUUCCUAAUCAAUGGUGAUGUUUGCGGAGACUUUGAUUUAUCAGCCAUGUUGAAUUUUCACCGAUCAAUACCAAAUGACACUAAUGGAUCAAUGACUGUAAUGGUUACGGAAGCAACUCGCCAACAAUCACUUAAUUAUGGUUGUAUUGUCGAGGCGAAAGAUAAUCAUAAGAUACUUCAUUUCGUCGAGAAACCAUCAACCUUUGUUAGUACAAUGAUCAAUUGCGGAAUCUAUUUGUGUCCAAUUACCAUUUUUGAUCAAAUUGCUUCGGUAAUUAAAUCCAAACAGGAUAGUAACUCAUCGGAAGCUGGUGAAAGAUAUGCUGAUGAUUAUUCUGAUCUUGAUUUAACUAAUAAAACCAUGAAUGGUGAUUUACCGGAAAUUUUAAGUCUCGAAGAAGAUAUUUUAUCUCGAUUGGCUGGUUCCCAUUAUCUUAACGCUUUUCACACUAAUCAAUGGUGGUGUCAGGUUAAAACCGCUGCUUCGGCCAUUUAUGCCAAUCGUAAUUAUCUUAAAUUGUAUCGAGGAUCUCAUCCAAGUCUUUUAGUUAAUAAAACAACGACCAAAGGACCAGAAAUCAUUGGUGAUGUUUGGAUUGAUCCAACAGCCGAAGUUGAUUCAACCGCUAUCAUUGGUCCUAAUGUUAGCAUUGGUUCUGGAGUUCGAGUCAGAGCUGGAGUACGAAUUAAAGAAUCAAUUAUCUUAAGUGAUGCGCUAAUUGGUGAUCAUUCAUUAAUUUUACACUCAAUAAUUGGUUACAAUACAGUAAUUGGUUGUUGGACUCGAGUAGAGGGAACACCAAGUGAUCCUAAUCCCGACAAAGCGUUUGCAAAGAUGGAGAAUCAAACAUUAUUCAACCAAGAUGGUAAAUUAAAUCCAUCAAUCACGGUCUUGGGUUCAAAUGUUCAAGUUCCUUCUGGACUUCUUGUUCUUAAUUCAAUUGUUUUACCCCACAAAGAGCUUGGUCGAAGUUAUCGUAAUGAAAUCAUCUUAUAGAAAAAGAUUUAAUUACAAUUUAAUUACAUUUAAUGUAAAAUUAUUUUCUUCAAAUGGUUUAAUAUUUUUUUCCAACCAGCAACAAGUGAACUUAUUACUCUCGUUCUUAUCAAUACAUUUUUAUUCCUAAAUUCAAUAUUUUUGACAAUUAUAAUUCUGUCAAAUUCCACAUGAAAACGUACAAUCAAAUGUUUAUAAUUAACAAUUAAUUAAACAUUUUAAUCUUAAUUUAACCGGUAAAAAAAUUCUUGUUUACAUGUAAGAUUUUUUUCUAAUCCACCAGGUGUCGCUCUCUUAUUCUUUUCUCAAAUGUAAACAAAAUUUGAAUUUAAAUUGUUCCCAAAAUGAUUUUAUUAAAGAAGCAAUUUAACUGUAAUUAUAAA